AUGAGAAAAGGCCUGCUCGCACCGCAAAACACGUUUCUUGACACGAUCGCAGAGAGAUUUGACGGAUCGCACUCAAACUUCGUUCUUGGAAAUGCGCAGAUUCCAGAUCAGUACCCGAUCGUCUAUUGCUCAGAUGGCUUCUGCGAGCUCAGCGGCCUUCCGCGCUGCAAAGUUAUGCGUCGAUCUUGCGCGAUAAGGUUCGUCUACGGCGAGGACACUCGGCAGGACAUCAAGGAGAGGAUCGAACGCGCACUGCGAAACAAGGAAGAAUACCGCGUCGAAGUAAAGUUUCACUUUUACAGCGAUCGCGAAAGCCGUGAUCAAACAAGCCAAAGCUGCCAGCUUGAUAUUGUGCCAAUUAAAAAUGAGACUGGCACUGUCGUUUUCUUUCUCAUAUCCGUCAAGGACAUUUCCAAGUCAAAUUCGAAGAUCAAUUUCGCCCGCGAGCGCGAGGGGCGCGAUCUCAAAGAAUGGCGACGUCGUUCGAGAGCGAUCCUCUACAAUAUCUCCGGCAAUAUUGGAAAUAUCUCCAGCGCGGGAUUCAUGAAAUCAUCGCACGGACGAGACGACGUGGAAUCGCGAAAUUCAGCCAAGAAAAGCGCAAUUUCUGAAGCUCUCGGUCGGUCGGUAAUUCAGCUCGCCACGCUGCGGCAGUUCAGGGAGCAGCAGAAAAAUGAUAUUCCGGAAUAUAAAAUGGCCUCAAGGAUGCCCUACGGCGUGGUCUUGCAUUGCGGCACAUUUAGAUCAACCUGGGAUUUGCUCAUCUUCAUUUGUACAAUUUACGUGGCUGCCUUAGUUCCUUACCAAUCAGUCUUCAAAGACUCAGACUACGAUCUGCAAACUGCAGCUGCUAAAAAUGAUUUGUCCAUGAUAAAUCGUUCAUUCGACGUUUUUGUAGAGGCGGUAUUUAUUUUCGACGUGAUCCUAAACUUUCGCACGACUUUUGUGAGCAAAUCUGGCAAUGUGGUCUUCAACCCUUCACUAAUUUCCCGCAACUACAUCCGCUCCUGGUUUCUGAUCGAUCUUUUUGCCGCGAUCCCGAUCGACUUAUUUACCCUCUUUAUUAAUUUCCCACCUGACACCAGCACUUCCGCAUCGAACUCUGCUAAUGAUAUUCAAGUAUCGUUGAACAAUGUACAAAUGCUGAAAAUUCUACGUCUACUUCGACUAGCAAGAGUUGCGUAUAAACUGGAGCUUCUGACUCAGUACGGGGCAAUAGCACUGACUGUAUCGGUCUUGAUCUUUGGAAUGAUGGCUCACUGGCUUGCCUGCGUGUGGUACCUGAUAGGAUGGAACGAACUCAACAAUCUCAAUCGAGUCAGCAACGACACGCGCAAAGUAGGCUGGCUAUAUGAACUUUCUAAUUCGCUGCAACGCGAAUACGUCGUCGAAGUCACCAAUUUCAGCAACCAAAUCACUGGCGAGCAACACGAGCGGGUCUGGAACAAGCAUGGGCCUACUAUGGUCGAGCGUUACACAACCUCGUUGUAUUUCACGCUUUCUUCGUUGACGUCAGUCGGGUUUGGCAAUGUGUCAGCGAAUACCAACAAUGAGAAGGUGUUCUCCGUCUUGGUGAUGCUUAUUGGAGCAUUAAUGCACGCAGUGGUCUUCGGAAAUGUCACGGCGAUUAUUCAGCGAAUGUACGCAAGAAGAUCUCAAUACGACACACGAAUGCGCGACAUGAAGGAGUUCUUCACCUUCGCCCAGAUCGACAAAAACCUCCAGCGACGACUCAUCGACUAUUUCAACGCAACAUGGAGCAAGCGAAAAGGCAUGCAACAAGUGGACUCGACUCUCCAAACAUUUCCAGCGAAUCUGCGAGGAGAAAUUUUCCAACACUUGCACUCUCAGUUUCUGAAUCUGCCUGUUUUUCAGUAUACUUCGCCGAGUUGUAGAAAUUUCAUCGCGCUCAGAGUUCAGCGAAUGUUUUUUACGCCGGAUGAAUUUCUUGUUUAUGAAGGAGAUAGUCUUUCUCAUAUAUAUCUGGUCAUUUCCGGGUCGAUGGAAGUCUCGCGAGAUGGACAAAUAACAGCAAUCUUUGGAAAAGGAGAUUUAUUCGGAUACGACCCAAAGCUAGCGCAACGCACUCGAACUUCAGCUUGUCGCUCGUCUGCCAAUGUUCGAGCACUGAGCUACUGCGAUUUGCAGUACAUAUCCGCCUCCACUUUCCACCAGCUCUGCAAGCUUUUUCCCGAGUUUACGAAGCGCUUUAUAAAUGAGCUCUCGUCGGACUACUCUUGUAACUUGUGGGAAUUGCAUGAGCCGGUGAAAGAAUCGAUGAGCCAGAGUUCCAAGCGUGCUCAAAUUCCUUCUGUUACAGUUUCAGAAGCUGUAGAAAAGAAUCACAAAAGCCAGUCUUCGAAUUGCUACGAUGAUGAAAAUCUUAAAGCGUCUUCAGAUGUAAGCGAUCAAGAAAACAUGCCCUUGCUUGACGGGUUAUCUGGCUGGAGCCCGGAAAUUGAAGGAGACAAAUCAGAUGACGACUCCUCUUCAGUAUUCGCGGGAGAUAGUAAUUUAGCAUCUGAGCGACUCAGGUGGUUUAGCGAUCCGUUGACGUUGGGGAGAAAGUCGUCAAAAAGAGUCACUUGGUCAGAUGAUUGUUCGAGGAGGUCAAGUGCUCCAGUCAUCUGGCCGACAAAAGACGACGAUAAAACAACUGAAAGUCAAACAAGCAAUCGCGAUGAUCAUGUAAAAACUUUGACAGAAAAUGUAGCAGUUUUGAGCGAUCGGUUAACUGUUUUACACAAAGAUAUUCAGCGAGUAUUCACCGUACUAGAAGAUAUUAAAUCAUCACCACAGCUGCUUUCUCCAUCUUCAGCGAGCUUUUCGACAGAAGGAACUUGUAAUAUUGAUAGUUAUAUUGAGAUACAUGACAAAAAAUAA